AUGUCUGAACGAAAGGUCCUGACCAAGUACUACCCCCCCGACUUCGAUCCCUCAAAGAUCACACGAUCACGCGCACCCAAAGGAGCAGGUCCCAAAGUUCAAACAGUCCGACUGAUGGCACCGUUUCCCAUGAAGUGUACAGCCUGCGGCGAAUACAUCUACAAGGGUCGCAAAUUCAAUGCGCGCAAAGAGACCACUGAAGAGAAAUACUACUCCAUACCCAUCUACCGCUUCUACAUUCGAUGCACAAGAUGUUCUGGAGAAAUCACUUUCAAAACUGACCCGAAGAAUAUGGAUUACGAAUGCGAGAGAGGGGCAAAGAGAAAUACAGAGCCAUGGCGAAUGAAUGGGGCUGGGAAACAAGAGAGUGAUGAGGAGCGUCUGGACAGGCUGGAGCGAGAGGAGGAAGAAAAGAAUGCUAUGCAAGAGCUGGAGACCAAGACUUUAGAUGCCAAAAGGGAAAUGGCAGUUGCAGAUGCCUUGGAUGAGAUUCGGACUCGGAAUGCCAGGAACGAAAGAAUGGGAAAGGAUGGCGUUGAAGUCACAGUCGCACGGGAAAGCAUCAACGAAGAAAGAGAGAGACAGGAUCGAGAAGAUGAAGAAGCUGCUCGACAGGCGUUCAUGAGGCGGCAUGAGGCCAUGGAAGAAGUCAUCGAUGAUGAGGAGUACGAUGCGGGUGUUGGGCCAGCACCUGCAAUCACGAAAGAAGAGGCUUUGGCAAUGCCGCCACCAAGCUUUAAGAGGGUUGUGAAGAAGAAGAAAGAUCAUGCUGCUGCUUUGGGAAUUAAGAAGAAACCCUCGUUAGUUUGA